AUGGAGAAGAAGUUGGAAGCCAAGUUCAGCAUUAGCGCCCGAUUUCUGCCACGAAACUGCCUGGGAAAACCUGCGAGGGAGCUGAGAAGUCUGCAGCUGCUCUGCCUGUGCACUUGCCUGUGUGCCUUGUGCUCCUCUGCAGAUGCAAACUGGAACAGAUCUACAUGCGAGCCGGGGAGGAUCCUGUUUGGCCGUUUGAGGUCGUGGAACGAUCACCACUUCCAGCUUCUGGAGGGGUUUCACACUGUUCGGUCCUGUCAGGCUGCUUGCUGCCAGCGCCCCGCCUGUGAUGCUUUUUGGUUCUUGGAAAAUAUGUGCAUCCAGGUGAACUGCACGAUGCCUGGCGUGUGUCAGGCAAACAGGACUGGCUUUUCUGACUCCGUUUUGGUGUUUUUAAAGAAAUCAAAGAGCACAGAGCACUCCUUAAAGCAAGGUGAUGUGAAGACCGGGUUUCACAAGUGGUUGGACUGGGGCAUCCCUGUCCAGGGGAAAAAGAGACUGCGGAGGUCAUUGCAGAGAUGGAGCUUGGCAGGUAACAGGUGGGAGCCCCUGCAAAGGGGUGCAGCAGUGAGCCCCAGCGGUGAGGCUGCAGCCGGAGCAUCCGACAGCAAAUCUCGAAGCAGCCGAAGCGAAGCCGAGCGCUUGAAGGAUCAAGUGCUGAGGCGCUUGGUGGCAGACAGGCCUGUUCCUGAAGGCCAUCCGGAUCAAAAGAAAGACUCGCUGAAAAAUGGACAGGAUCCCAGAGAGCAGAAAACCAAAAGUCCGUCCACUCCCAAAAGCAAUAAUGUGAACAGAUCAAGUGAUGCAGACGGUGUUGGUUUGCCACAGAUCCACGCAGGAACAUCUGCACCAGAGCCAUCAGUGUUGACCACGUUCUCCAGUGCUGUAGCGCAGGGCUUGACGGCCACAGGGAGGACCGAGAGGCCGGCGCAGGCAGACGAUGCUUUGGUCCGUCCGCACUCCUCGGAGGCGUUGCCCACGCUCAGCCCCGUGCCAGUGAAGAGCACAACGAAGCUGCAGACGGCGACUUCAGUGCCGAGCGGAGUUCCCACAAACGGCAGCGUUUCCACAAUCCGGCCCGACGCUGCUGCGUCACCGAGCACCACUGCCACCACACCAGCCAUGAAGGAGCUGGUGGUUUCUGCUGGAGACAGCGUCGAAGUGACCCUGCCAAAGAAUGAAGUUCAACUGAAUGCGUUUGUGCUUCCUGAGCCACCACCUCGAACCACUUAUUCCUACGAGUGGGAAUUGAUUACUCAUCCAAAAGACUACAGUGGAGAAAUGGAAGGGAAACACUCCCAGACCCUGAAGUUAUCGAAGCUGACUGUUGGUCUGUACGAAUUCAAAGUCGUCGUCGAUGGGGAAAACGCACGCGGAGAGGGUUACGUGAAUGUAACGGUGAAUCCAAAGCCUCGGGUGAAUCAGCCUCCUGUUGCCAUCGUGUCCCCACAGUACCAGGAGAUUUCACUGCCAACCAUUUCAACUGUCAUUGAUGGCAGCCAAAGCACUGAUGAUGAUAAAAUAGUCAGCUAUCACUGGGAAGAGCUGAAGGGUCCUCUGCGGGAGGAGAAGGUGUCCAGCGACACUGCCAUUCUGACACUGACCAACCUGGUACCCGGGAAUUACACGUUCAGUCUAACUGUAGUGGACUCAGAUGGUGCCAGCAACUCCACCACUGCAAACCUGACAGUGAACAAAGCAGUGGAUUAUCCUCCGGUGGCCAAUGCGGGCCCAAACCAAGUGAUCACCCUGCCUCAGAACUCCAUCACCCUCUACGGGAAUCAGAGCACAGAUGAUCACAGCAUCGUCAGCUACGAGUGGCUGCUCAGCCCCAACAGCAAAGGGAAGGUGAUGGAGAUGCAGGGGGUGAGGACACCGGUCUUGCAGCUCUCUGCAAUGCAGGAAGGUGACUACACUUACCAGCUGAUAGUGACUGAUUCUGCUGGGCACCAGUCCACUGCAGAGGUCACUGUGAUAGUCCAGCCAGAGAACAAUAAGCCCCCAAAGGCAGAUGCUGGUCCAGAUAAAGAAUUAACUCUUCCUGUGGACAGCACCACUCUGGAUGGCAGCAAGAGUUCGGAUGACCAGAAGAUCGUUUCCUUUCUUUGGGAAAAAACACGGGGCCCAGAUGGUGUCAAGCUGGAGAAUGCCAACAGCAGCACUGCCACUGUAACAGGCCUGCAAGUUGGGACGUACGAGUUCACUCUGACAGUUAAAGAUGAGAGGAACUUGCAGAGCCAGAGCUCGGUCAACGUCAUUGUCAAAGAAGAGAUCAACAAGCCGCCAGUUGCAAAGAUUGCUGGUAAUGUUGUCAUCACCUUGCCCACAAAUACAGCCGAGUUGGAUGGAUCGAAGUCCUCUGACGAUAAGGGAAUUGUCAGCUACUUGUGGACCCGGGAUGAGGGGAGCCCUGCAGCUGGGGAAGUGUUAAAUAAUUCAGACCAUCAUCCUGUUCUCCUCCUGUCCAACCUGGUAGAAGGGACGUACACAUUCCACCUCAGAGUAACAGAUGCCAAAGGAGAGAGUGAUGUGGAAAGGAGCACAGUGGAAGUCAAACCUGAUCCUAGGAAAAAUAACCUCGUGGAGAUCAUUCUGGAUGUUAAUGUCAGCCAGCUGACCGAGAGGCAGAAGGGCAUGUUCAUCCGGCAGAUAGGUGUUCUGCUGGGGGUCCUCGACUCGGACAUCACGGUGCAGAAGAUCCAGCCCUACACUGAGCAGAGCACGAAGAUGGUGUUUUUUGUACAAAACCAACCUCCCCACCAGAUCUUCAAAGGACGAGAGGUAGCCUGGACGCUGAAAAAUGAACUGCGGAAACAGCAGUCAGACUUCCUCAUCUUCCGGGCGUUGGAAAUCAACACAGUCACGUGUCAGCUGAACUGCUCUGAGCACGGCCGCUGUGACUCCUUCACCAAGCGCUGCGUCUGUGACCCCUUCUGGAUGGAGAACUUCGUCAGGGCGCGGAUGGGGGACGGCGAAAGCAACUGUGAGUGGAGUGUGCUGUACGUGAUCAUUGCAUCCUUCAUCAUUGUGGUUGCCUGUGGAAUCUUGUCCUGGAUGGUGAUCUGCUGUUGCAAGAGACGAAAAGGAAAAUCCAAAAGAAAAAGCAAAUACAAGAUUUUGGAUGCGACGGAUCAAGAAAGCCUGGAGUUAAAACCAAAUCCCAAAGCAGGUGGCAGGCAGAAAGCCCAGGUCCUCAACACCAGCCUGAUGCACUCGGAGUCCGAGCUGGACAGCGACGAGGCCAUCUUCACCUGGCCUGACCGCGAGAAAGGGAAACUGCUCCGCAGCCAGAACGGCUCCGUGCGCAACGGCCAAGUGGCGCUGAAACCCAAGAACCAGCGGGAGGAAAUCCUAUAGC